AUGAAAAACGGUUUUGAUAGGUUUGGUCGAGCCUUUUUAGAAAAUAUGCAAAACGACGCUGGUGAAAUCGUAGAUAUGCUUAUCCCACGUAAGUGCAUGGCUACAGAUAGAUUAAUUCCACCACACGAUCAUGCAUCUGUUCAAAUCCAAAUCGCCAAAGUUAAUGAUGAUGGACUCCCAACUGGCGAAUUCGAGACAGUCGUCUUCUCCGGAUAUGUUCGCGCUCUCGGUGAAUCUGACUACGCUCUUAACCGUAUCGCCACAGAGAAGGGCCUUCUCACAGGUGUCUAUCGCUCUGAUGUCCACAAGGCAUAA